AUGGCCAUUGACGAAGAAGCCAGUCUCUGGCCCACUGAGAACCUCAUUCUCAAAGACGGUCGCAAGCACUAUUGCACCAGUGUCUCGCCAAUCCACUGGCAGCUUCGAUCAUUAAUUAGUGCCGUUGACCAAGAUGUCGUGCUCUUUCCCUCCGGCGCCAACAACACCCACAUUACGCGACUUAAUACCACUACCCGCGAAUGCGAAACCAUCAAGGUUAUCAGUUUCCAUCCUCGAUGUCUAGUCGCUAGCGACGGUUGGAUUUGCUGUGGUGGUGAAAACGGAGAGUUUGCCAUCAUUAGGGAGACUACCGGCCUCGACAAUCCAGACGAAGAGGCUGUCCGAUCCGCUCAUCCGAGGCUCAACUGGCGCGAGCCCUCCAACAUGGCAGAGGGUUCUAUGGCUGCCAUGGCCCAAAUUCAUCGCGACAUGCUCGGCAUUGUUGAUAGAGUCAAUAACACUAACCGGACUUGGUCUGCCUCACGUCACAAGUUCGGCACCGAGCGUGUCAACUGCAUAACUCUCUGGAACCCACCUAAGAAGCCGUCGGUGUCUGGUGAGUAUGACUCUUCCGUGGCUGUACUGGCAAAUAACGACAAGACGAUCAACACCGUGUCGAUAUAUUCGCCCGUCUUGAUGGAUGAGAUUGAGUAUCCCGACUGUGUUAAUCGUGGUGUCAUCUCUCCCGAUGGACUUCUCUUGGCCGCUGUAUGCGACGACCCCUAUCUUUAUAUUCACGUGCGACGACCAUCGAUCAAGUAUCACGAUGCCACCUAUCCGGCAAACUAUGAAUGGGCUGAACUACCGCGAAUACGACUCAAGGGUCAAUGGAAUAUGGACACAACUGAUUGCCGGGGGAGCUUUGCGGUUUGCUUUUCCUCUUCCGGGAAAUAUUUGGCCGUCGGCACUCAAUAUGGUACGAUAUCUGUAUUUGAUGCGGUUGCUCUCAGGGAUCCUGCGUCAGAGCCCUUGAUCACGUACUUCAACUCAGACCGAGCACCUGGGGAGUAUGGUGCUGUUAGAGACAUGGCAUUUUCUCCAGGACCCCACGACCUAUUGGCUUGGACGGAGCACCGGGGCCGCAUCGGAAUAGCAGAUGCGCGCACUAAUUUUAGGCGACGGCAAAUCAUCUCGUUAAAUGCUCAUGAAAACUUUAGCCAUUUCUCACUCAAUGAUAGGAGUACGAUAGACCCACGUUUACUCGACCCACGCAGCGAGCGCAACACCGCGAGUGAGCGCAACACCACAAACGAGCGCACUUCUGGAACAUCUCCUUUGCUAGAAAUUCUAGGUCGAUGGAAUUCUAGUCGGCCUCUUCCGAACCCCGAACCCUCUGACGCAACAUCUCGAUUAAACCAACCCUUUAGCACGGAUGAGAUUGCAAUCUUGGAGGCAUUGCAGAGUGAACGACGACGACGGAAUGAACCGCGAGAUCGAGAUCGAGAUCGAGAUCGAAUUGGGCAGCGAGAUCGCGCUGUUGAUCGCGACCAACAUCAGAAUCAACGCGCAAACGGGGAUUAUGCUCAUGAAACUCGUACACAGCGCGAAACCUUGACACGUAUCAUCGAACGUGAACGCACGCGAGAAAAUCGCGAGCAACAUCGCUCAGGAGGGACCAACCCGACACCUCCUGAACAAGACCGCGAGAGACGUGCCCCUACACCGCGACGAAGAAGCUCCAUUAUGCAGGCGCUGACCCAGAAUGCCGAUAACCUUUCACAAGCGGGUAAUAGAACUCAAGGUCAAGGCACCGAAAACGGCGACAGCACCCGAGCCACGCACGAACAUGAGCAACCACCGUGGCAACCACCGUGGCUUUCAGGACGAUUUAGUUCUGGAUGGACUGAUCUAGAUAAUCUAGCUAACAUGAGUGGUGGUGACGGUGGAGCCAAUGAGAAUUCUCGGACCGAGUCUAGCAGAACUCGUCGAGGUAUACCAGUGAUUGCCGAUGUUUGGGCCAACGACUCCUUGUUCAGCCGUGUUCGAAUGGGCAAUCGGGAACAUCAGCAGAACCCGGAUGACACUGCGGGGUUGAGCUGGAGUGAAGAUGGUCGAAUAUUGUACAUUGGUGCUGAGGAUGGUGUGUAUGAAUUCCGUGUCAACAUGCACAGCAGAAAGGUCUUUCCAGACAUUACACUUCGCUAA